CUGGCUAACAGUAGCCUAGCUAGCUGGCUGCCGUCAGCGGAGCUUUUACAAUCGACUCUGACUGGAUACAUGCAAUAUCGAUGGAUACAAAUAGAUUUUCGACAAUAAUUAAUUAAUGUGCAUAUGCUUAAACUGUGUACACGUGAAUUGUACUGUUGAGAGUGCAGUGACAACACAAUCCGUAACAUGCGAGCGAGAUUAAGAACAAGAUAUUAGCCAAGUUUGCGUCUUUAACUAACAUCUAUCUAGGAAGUGCACCAUCCAAUUUAUGGUGGCUUUGUUGAUCCAUUUAGUGUGUUUCGUCCUCGUCUGUAUUGAGGGAAAAUGAAGAAGUUUAAUAUUAGAAAAGUGCUGGACGGCUUGGCUGCUUCUUCAUUUUCCUCUGCAUCUCCACAACCGGGAACUAGUCAAAACGAUGUGAUCCAAGAGACACUACAGUCGGAGCAUUUUCAGCUCUGCAAGACUGUGCGCCAUGGCUUCCCUUACCAACCCUCCUCCAUGGCCUUUGACCCUGUGCAGAAGAUUCUGGCUGUCGGGACUCAGAGCGGAGCUGUGAGACUUUUUGGCCGUGCGGGUGUGGAGUGUUACUGUCAACAUGAGAGUGGUGCAGCUGUCAUUCAGCUCCAGUUCCUGGUCAACGAGGGGGCGCUAGUCAGUGCCUUAGCUGAUGACAGCGUUCAUCUGUGGAACCUGAGGCAGAAGCAGCCAGCUAUCCUGCACACUCUCAAAUUCAACAGGGAGAGGAUCACGUUUUGUCACCUGCCCUUCCAGAGUAAAUGGCUGUACAUUGGCACAGAGAAAGGAAACAUCCACAUCGCCAACGUUGAGUCCUUCACACUCUCAGGCUACGUUAUCAUGUGGAACAAAGCCAUCGAACUGUCCUCCAAGUCACACCCUGGGCCUGUGGUCCACAUCAGUGAUAACCCUAUGGACGAGGGAAAGAUUUUGAUUGGAUUUGAAUGUGGGACUGUUGUGUUGUGGGACCUGAAAUGCAAAAAAGCUGACUACCGCUACAGUUAUGAUGAGGCUAUCCACUCGGUAGCCUGGCACCACGAGGGCAAACAGUUCACCUGCAGCCACUCAGAUGGAACUCUGACUACAUGGAACGUACGCGUCCCUGCCAAGCCUACAAUCACCAUCACACCACACGGUAAGCAGCCCAAGGAUGGAAAGAAGCCAGAACCAUGUAAACCUAUCCUUAAAGUGGAGUACAAAACGACAAGAGCUGGGGACGCGUUUGUGGUCAUGUCUGGAGGCCUGUCCUAUGACACAGGGUGCAGGAGAGCCUGUCUGACGGUGAUGCAUGGGAAGAGUACUGCCCUCCUGGAGAUGAACUAUCCCAUCGUAGACUUCCUCACGCUCUGCGAAACACCAUAUCCAAAUGAUUUCCAGGAUCCUUAUGCCGUAGUUGUCCUUUUGGAAAAGGAUUUAGUUGUCAUCGACCUUAGACAAAUUGGAUACCCAAUAUUUGAGAACCCGUACUCUUUGUCGAUCCACAAGUCUCCAGUGACGUGCGUAGAAUAUUUUGCUGACUGCCCUCCUGAACUCAUACCUGCACUUUACUCUGUUGGCUCCUGGCAAAAGAGACCGGGUUACAGUAAGAAGGAAUGGCCCAUAAGUGGUGGUAACUGGGGCCAAGGCACACUAAGCUACCCUGAGAUCAUCGUCACUGGACAUGCUGAUGGCUCAAUCAAGUUUUGGGAUGCUUCUGCAAUAAUGCUCCAAGUACUGUACAAGCUGAAGACUGCCAAGGUGUUUGAGAAGGCUCUAAAGGAGGAGAAGCCGAGCACGGAGAUAGUGGAUGAGGAUCCCUACGCCAUCCAGACCUUGUCGUGGUGCCCAGAGAGCAGGAUGCUGUGUGUGGCUGGAGUCUCUGCCCACGUCAUCAUCUAUAGGUUCAGCAAACAGGAGAUAACCACUGAGGUGGUGCAGCAGUUGGAGGUGCGUAUGCAGUGUGAGCUGGAGGAUGUGGAUUCUCCAGACACCGCAGGAGAGCAUCCUCUCACCCCAUCUACCCCAGUGCACUCCACCUGCCCAACCCAGGAGGGAGAACCCCCUGAGACCCAGCCCUCCACAACUGAUGAUGGGACCCGGGAUAAUGUACCAUGCCUCAAGGUCCGGAGCUCCCCUCUGAAGCAGUCUCCUGGUUACCAGGUGGAGCUGGUCAUUCAGCUGGUCUGGGUUAGUGGGGAGCCGCCUCAGCAGAUCACCAGCCUGGCUGUCAACUCCUCAUACGGACUUGUGGUGUUUGGCAACAGCAAUGGUCUGGCUGUAGUGGACUACCUUCAGAAGACCCUCGUCCUGAACAUGGGCACGUCAGAGCUGUACAGUCCCUCAGACCCCUACCAGAGACAGCCUCGGUCACCUCGCAAGAAACCACAGCCGUCUGGAGACAAAGACAUUCCACCUGUGACGUCUUGCAUGGCCCGCCUUUCUAUCUUUUAUAAGUCUGUGAAACAGACUUAUCGUUCUUCGAACGCCCCUCUCAGUGAUAACAACAAUGGAAACAACGCUUUAGAAGAGAAAAGCAACAAAUCACCAACGUCAGUAGGCUCUACGUUACCCACCAAUUCAGACGAUGAACGCAAACAGGAAAUGUUCAUACAGAAGGUGAAGUCCAAAAGCAGGUGGUUUUUCAAGACGGUUGCCACUGACUUUGCCAAGAUGUCAAGGAAAAUUUGCUCGCCUACAGAGCAAAAGACAGACCUGGAGAAGAGGGUGCGACGCCAGCGCUCUCUCCCGUAUAAGAAGCACUUUUGUUGUGUGAAGGAGGGCAAGGAGCCCAGGAAGUCUCUCUCCCAACAAAGGACUCUCUCAGUCCCUUACCUCAAUGCCAAGGACAGUUUGUUCAGCGGCUCGAGGAGCUCCAGUGUGACGAGUAUAGAGCUGGAGUCCCGCGAGGCCAUCUCCUCCUUCCACUUCAGUGAGAGUUUCCCCAGGAAGACAGACAGCAGUGGCAGUCCUAGCCUAUGGGUGGGCACUACCCAGGGCACUGUUCUGGUUCUGGCCCUAAGCCUGCCACCCACAGGGGACCUGAGGCUUCAGCAACCUGUCAGAGUAUCAUCUUGUGGUACUCUGGUCAGACUUAAAGGAGGUAUCCUUACCAUGGCUUUCCUUGACUCCCUUGGUGUGGUCCUCCCCCCUUCCUACGAGCCGUGGUCGGAGCCCAACCCUCAGGACGAGGAGGAGAAGGAGAAGGCGAGGCGGCGCAGGCUGGCCUCUCCACCCCCCACCCAGGAGGGUCAGGACAGCCAGUAUGCUGUGGUGUGUUCAGAGAAACAGGCCAAAGUGGUGGGCCUACCCUCCCAGUCCUGCUUCUUCAAACACAACAUCACAGAGAGCUCCUUUGUGCUGAGAGCUGACGUGGUGCAGAUGGCUGCUGGACUCUGCCUCACCUGCUUCUGUGCUAAUGGACACAUCAUGGCUCUGAGUCUACCCAGUCUCAGACCACUCCUGGAUGUGAACUACCUUCCCCUGACAGACAUGAGGAUAGCCCGGACCUUCUGCUUCUCCAACCUGGGCCAGGCCAUGUACCUCACCUCCCCCACCGAGAUACAGAGAAUCACAUACAGCCAGGAGACCUGCGACAAUCUACAGGAAAUGAUGGGAGAGUUGUUUACACCGAUAGAGACACCUGAGGCUCCUAACAGAGGUUUCUUCAAGGGCCUGUUUGGGGGAGGGGCUCAGUCCCUGGAUAGAGAAGACCUGUUUGGUGAGACGGCGGCGGGAAAGGCGUCUCGUAGCCUGGCGCAGCACAUUCCUGGGCCCCAGGGCAUGGAGGGCAUGAAGGGGGCAGCCUCGGGAGUGGUGGGAGACCUGGCCCGUGCCCGGAUAGCCCUGGACGAGAGGGGGCAGAAACUGGGCGAGCUGGAGGACAGAACCGCAGCUAUGAUGGCCAGCGCUGACUCCUUCUCUAAACACGCUCAUGAUAUGAUGCUGAAGUACAAAGAUAAGAAGUGGUAUCAGCUUUGAUUGCAGCGAGAGGAGACAGUGGGCCUCAGUUCUCUACUCACACCUCUUCAUGUACAGGAGAUGCAGCUCCUCCUCUUCUUCAUCUCUCUGCAGGAGAUGCCUUUCUCCUAGCAGCACAAUAUAACACUCUGCAUUACCUCAGUCACCUGGUUACCAAUGAAGAGGAGUAGACUAACAGACAGACAGACUUAGAAGGAACAGAGGAGGAAAGUUAUUCUGGAUGUUUCUAUGUCAUCUGAAAGAGAUUAUGUUCAUUUCCUUAACACACCACAGGGGAGCCUAAAUGUAUGGGUGCUGCUCCUGUGUUUUAUCAGUCAUGUUCUCAGCUGCUUUGUUGUCCACAAGGUAAGACAAUUCUACUCAAAAUGAGCACCAUUAGGUUGCCUGUGAUUACCUGUGCAGUGUCCAGGUGAGGUGAUGCCUGCUCUUCAGUGACAACCAAUUGCAAUGGACAUCUAAGGGGAGUCUCCUCUGUGUGUGGAGGAAGCUCCAUGGAAACCACAGUCAGUGGCACCAGCUCUCUGCUCUUGAAGUCUCAAUAUCUAUAGCAAUGUUGAUGAAAGGAUGAAUCAGUGAUUGAUUCAUCCCCUCUGUGUUUCGUCUCAAGUCAUUCCUUUUUUUCCUACUGAUUUGUGUCGUCUUUCAUGCGAGUCAUUAUUUGAGACAGUUUGUUUUUCAGGAGUCCAUCCACUCACUUAAUUAACCAUGAGUUUGAUAGGUUAUAUUGAUGGUGUGAUAAGGACCUAUCUUUUCUCCUACUUACAGUAGGCCUGGUUAUACUUAUUAUCAGGGUUUGUUUUCCUAUCAGAUUUGUUUUGAAGCAGGAAGUCAUACUAUACAGUUCCCAUGUUUGUUUACUGAAAGGUAAAAGUUGAACUGGUUGUGGAGAGUGAGUUAUCAGCUGUUGCGUGUGCUGAGUGAAAAUACUACAGGCUCUUACUGAACACUAGACAAAAUUAAGUCUACAUUAAUAUGACCAAAACGUGAAGGAUUAGUAUGUUGAAAACACUUUGCAGUUCUAUCGUACUAAAGAGGUAUGGCCUUAGAAUGACGUGAGUGCCAGCUUUGUAUUUUUGCUCUGGGCUCUUGAUUGGCUGAGAGAUAAGAGUUUAGAAUUAUGUACAACGGAAUAGGGUGAAGUUGCCCCCUAGAUGCUGAUCUUGGGUCAGUUUAGCGUUUUCCUCACUAAUGGUUAGGGGAUAGGAUUGUAGGAGGGGAUUCUAGCUAAUCCUAAAUCUAUACCUAGGGGAUACCGAAAGGCCUACAACUCUUCCUCAACAUACUACACAAUGUGGUAAUAUUGCGGUACUGCAUACAGUUUGGAGUCUUCUCACAAUCCUUUGCGAUACUGAUUCUAAUCGGACAAUUUGAUUCAUACCACUCAUGGCUUAUUCAUUUUAAAUCGUUUUUAAUGUUUAGAAAAGAAAGCAUGUCUGUUCCAUCACAAGGAUACAGAUAUAAGCUAGCUGUCUUUGUAUUCGUAGCAUCAGUAGAAGAUGUGACCAGGUGUCACUUGAUGUGCGGUAAAACAUUCUUUGGUCAUUAUUCUCUGAAUCGACCGCUAUUUUACAGACAACUCUCUUCCGCCUUUGCUUAUCAUGACGCGUAUAUGCUAACCUCUACCUAUGUAUGUGUAUAUAUGUGUGCUUGUGAACGUACAUAUAUUCAGAUAUGUGUAUGGACACAUAUUUAUACUUACAGUAUAUAUUUUUCCUUAAUGGUGUUUUUCAGCGUGAUUUUUUUUUUGUUGCCCCGUGCAAGGAGAUGCUGCCAUUUGAGUUGAGGUAGACGCGUUUAUUUUAUGUUCUUGAUUCCAAAUAAGAGACUACAGAUUGUUUUUACCCUCGCCAAAAUCUGUAAAUAAAUGAGUAGUGCGACAAGACAACUGGAGACAAAUCUGAUAGUGUUGGUUCGGGAAAAAUGACACAGUAUCUGUCCAAAUGGCACCCUAUUCAAAAGUAGUGCACUACAUAGGGAAAAGGGUUGCCAUUUGGGACUCAUGGGGGACAGGUCAGCAGCCAUUUUAUUUUCUGACGCCAAAGAGUUUAAUUAUACACUGUUGUCUUGUCUGUCCAAACUCCCAACAGUCUGGAUGUGAUAACUAUAGACCAUACUGUUUGGAACAUGGUGGAACAGCUUCUCCAUGCUUGUCACUCCCUAACCUUGUAACUUGACACAUUAAAUCAUGUACCUGUGUGCAGAAGACCCAGAAAAAGUAGAUUUUCUUUUGACCGGGUGUGUUAUUUCUCGUACUACUGAGCUACAUAUAUUGUAAAGAGCUGUUGUGUGAUUUUGCACUGUUUUGCACCUUGAACCACUUGUUUUGUUUGUAUUUUUUCUUGUUCAUUUCUACGAGGGACCAAAAUAUGGGAACGUUAACUGUGUCAUUUCCCAGUAAUAUACAGACUUGCAUCACUUUCGGAUUUGUUUUCAUUGCCAGUUAAUGAUGUUCUAAUAGAUUUAUAUAUUUGAAAAAUUUUAAUUUCAAUAUAUUCCAUAUGAAUACUUUUCAUAUAAUUUAAGAAGAAUAGAAUGGUGCAUUUUAAGACGACACAUUUUUCUCCAAAACAAUGGUUGUGUAUAUAUUGCCCAAUAUUCAAACAUGAAAAUAAACAUUUCUGGUGAUCUAUUAAA